AUGGAGAAAGAGGGCUGUAUUGCAGGCGAGAUGACAGCGGCGAGCUCGGAAGAUCAGCCGCUGGAGCUGCUGCGGAUGGUGACGGAAAGAGAGCUGAUCCACCAUUUGGAAGAGCUCCCGGGGCCGAAGGAGCUCGUCGUGGAUCGCUCCUUGCUGCGUCCCCUCGACGGCUUCACCUCGAACACGGAGCUGAAGAAGCACGGCGUGCAGCGCGUCUUCACCCUCAAUCCGGACGCCUCGGUGCCUGCCUGGAUUGACGGCGUCGUCCAUCGCGUCUACCUCGUCCGUCCCAGUCGCCAAAAUGCGCGACUCAUCUGCGAACACGUCCGUGCGAUUCCAGGGAAAAGCUACGCGGCCAUCUGGUGCAACGCCAAGCUGUCACACUGCGACUUUGAGUUCGAGUCGAGCGGAAUCUAUGGGAAAGUGCAGUCGUUCGACCUGGCCAUGUGCUUGCUGCCAAUCGAAACGGACCUUUUCUCCCUGGAACAUCCAGAAUCGCCACACGGAGACAUUUUCUCGGUCGCCAACUCUUUUGUGGCCUUACAAGGCCUUUACGGCGUCAUUCCGACCGUCUACGGUCUGGGAAAAGCCACGAAGAAGAUGUGGAGCAUCGUUCACAAGCUUUGCGAGAACAACGAGCCGCGCGCACGGCCCGACCAACCCAUCAGCCAUCUUUUCGUUUUCGAUCGUUCCAUCGAUCCGGUGACGACGCUCCUCACAGCCGGCACCUACGAAGCGUUGGUUCACAACGUCUUCAACAUCGACUGCGGCAAGGUCGACUUUGCCGAGGUUUUCCGAGAGAAACAGCAGCCGGAGGAGGAAGCCAAGCCGAAGGCUCACGUCUACAAGCUCAACAACAACGACGGCGUAUACGCGUCAAUUCGGAACAAGUUCAUCACCGGAGUUUCGUCUUUCUUGAGCUCCAAGACGAAGGAGAUGCAGUCCGACGUGUCUAAGGCGACCGCCACGGAACAGGUUGGUAUUUCGCGGCAACUUAGAAAGUUCGAGAGGAAAAUGUCAGGUGGAAAUGUAUUUUUUUGACCAAAAAUAGGAGAUCCUCUAAUUUAUCUUGUAUCAGGCCCUCAUAUUUUCAAUUUGCAAUGUUUCUAUUUUUAUUUUUUUAAGAAAGAACGUCUCAAAAUCAAAGAAUCAUCAAAAUUCGAUCGAGUUGGCUAUUCAGAACUUCAGCUUAAGUUCUUGAAAAUUUAAAACUUUUAAGGUAUUGUAUUGAAGUGGACGCUUUAAUUAAUAAGAAAAAGAAAAUAUAAUCAAGGAUAUUUCUUUUUUUGUUUUCAAUGAACAUUUUAAUUUGACAUUCCAUCAAAACGAGCUUAGUCCCGAAAAACAUGAAUGCCGCAAACUGGAGUUGUUAAGGUCUCCGACAUGCGGGUUUUCGUGGAGAGUCAGCUGCGGAACCUGCGAGCGCAGCAUCGGCAGCUCGAGCUGCACAUAUCGGCUUGCGAAGUCAUACUCCGGAAAACGAAAGAGUCCGGCUGUCCCUCGCGGAAUCUGUUCGAACAACAGCUCUCCGUCGGCGACGUCAACCUCGGCGAUUUUGUCGCGUUCGUCAACGAGCGAAUGCUGCAGGAGGACCCGCCGUUCACGGUCCUCUCCUUGUUGUGCCUGGCGACGGUGCUGCUCAACGGCAUCCCCGACGCUCAGUACGAGUCUCUGCUCGGCCAUUUCUACAAGGUCUACGGCUUCGAGUACAUCAUGGCCGUGUACAAUUUGCGAGAGCAAGGCCUCCUUUACUCCAAGAACGUCGCCAAGCAGCGCAGGGAAAUCGCCAAGUGCUCUGUUUUGUUCCGCAACAUUUCCAAGCGACUCCGGCUGUUCCGAGGUUUGCAAUCUCUCUAAAUUUAGCACUCUCCCGGUAUAAAAUUUUCAAAAUUCUCCAUUUUUUAAUUUUUAAUUUCUUAAUUAUUCAAUGAACGACGUUCUCAAAAAUUUUUUUUCUAAUACGCAGAUUCAUUGCUCCCUGUAGAUUAGACUAGUUAUUUUUUUAUAACUUAUCAAAAAAACCAACUUUAAAGCUGCCUUUUGGUCUCUUUUUUUAGAGGGAAAGUUGACUUUUACGCCAGAAAUAUAAAUAUAAUCAUCCACUAUAAAAUCUAUAAAAAAAUUAAAAAUUGGCUCACUAUUGUUUUUGUGAAAUUAUCUUCUUAUAGAAAAUAAACAAAUUAAUUCAAAUUGAAACUCUUUCAAAGUAAUUAUUGAAACAAACGUUUCUAGAAAAUAUAAUCCCAUGCUUCUUAUUUUGGUUGCUUCUUUUUUUGAGUAAGGUUGAUGGUUCCAGAACCAAACGAUAGGGAGGUCGACCUCCGGAAUCCGAGCUCGAUGAGCUACGUCUUCGGCGGCACCUACACGCCGCUGUUCUGCCAAGUCGUCUCCAACACGAUGACGCAUGGAUGGAACACGGAACAGUACGAGCGAGGCUGCGAGCACGUCCUUGUCGAGCAGAACAGCUACGUGCCGCCUUGCACCAAGCCUGACAACCGCAUGAAGAAGGUUGCUCAUCAUUGCUCAUCUCACAACUCUUCUCUGCUCUUUGCAGGCCAUAAUGGUGUUCUUCCUGGGAGGCGUGACUUAUGCGGAAGUGGCUGCGCUCCGGCUUCUCGCCGUUCAGAACAACUUCCGGAUUCUGAUCGCCGCGACGCACAUCAUCCGAAGGGACGAGUACGUUAGAUGUCGUGCCGAGACCCUUGUCGACCGUGUCGAAUAG